CCUCCUCAGUUGCUGUGGUCUCUCUCUUUUCCCACCACAGCUCCUGCAGGGAGUGGCUGGGAGAUCCACACUGUUUUCUUUAGGACCAGGGCUGGGGCAGAGGGCUGCACAGUGGACACCGGUGAGGGGUCUUGACAAGUCACUGACCUGAGGACUGUAAGCUGAGGAGAGAGGGGCACAGAGGAGGAGAUUUUCAGCCGGAGUCAUGAGGGUGGGAGCUGCGGCCUUGGCUGGGGGGAUUUUUGGGGCAGUGGGGACCCUGUGUUUCGUCCUGGCCUUUGGUACAGACUACUGGCUGGUGGCCAGUGACAACUGUGGACCACAUACAUGGCCGACACAAACAACCCAGACAGGGUGGAAAGAUGUCAAUGGGACUGAGGUCCAGUCAGAAGUGGAACCAGUCACUGUUCCUCAGAGGUUGCUCACCCUCCACCAUGAGGGCUUCUUCUGGCGCUGUGUGUUCCAGGUGGAGCCUGCAGCACAUGCAGUCGUGGCCACUCUCUUCACGAACCAGCCAGAGUCCAAGGUGUGUAGCCAUGGUUACCUGUUCCCUCUACCUGUCGCACUUGGACAGGUGCCUCAUCCCAGUUAUGACACAACAGCAGUGUUUCGGGGUUUCUGGACCUUGCUGAUAAUCCUCGGGCUGGUCUCAGCUCUGGCUGGAGGCUUCCUCCUGGUCUGUGGUGUCCCCUUCAUCAGCCCCCGACUCUACAAGCUGGGUGGAGCCUUCCUCAUCACUGCUGCCUGCUUGUUCCUGUUUAUGCUGCUGCUCUACAUCCUGUGGAUGGAGGUGGUGGACGUGAAAAGCUACGUCCUGCAGGAGAGGGGAGAGGCCUGUCCAGACGCCAAGGUUUCUGUGCUCUACGGCCUGUCGUUCAUGGUGGCGGUUGCUGGCGUGCCCCUGGAGCUCGUCUCUGGGUUGGUUUUCAUGCUGGUGGGCCGGGCGCUGCUUGCCAGCAAGUGAGCUCACCAUCUGGACCGGAGGAGAAGAGCGGACUGACCUUUUUAUGUCCUGCACUGGGACUCGGUGGCACACAUGUGGGAUGUAAACACCCACUGGAAACACACGACCAACAUUACUGCAUCACCCCUUUGGAAGUUAAUCCGCCUGCGGCCAGAGACACUGGUUUGGUGUUGCUGUUUUCUGUCACUUGCUUUGCUUUAUUUCCAUAAAAAUAACCAAUUACACAAGAGGUCAGCAGUCGGGUUCAUAGAUGUAAACAUGAUGUGUUAUCUGGCAUAUUAACCAGCAGUAUAAAAUGUGCUGAGAGUCUUUUUUAUUUAUUUUUUAAGCAAAACUCCGAGAAUAUAAAUAUUUCUUCUGCUCAACUGCAUCCUUCAGUAAUUCUGCCAACUGCUGCUUUUUAUUGAUGCUGCAAAUGAUGAUUCCACAGAGCGGAAGGUGAGGUACGCAUGGGUGAGCCAGCUGUGUCCCCCCCCUGUCCUGGUUUUGGCACACGAUCAGAGUGGGCUGUUGCCGGAGCAGAGUGAGGUGGGAGGGGAUGAGAGGCUGGAUGGACGUGAAACAGAAAGGGCAGGGUUUGGAUGGAGGGGUGGGGGUGGAGCAGGAGAGGGGAUGUGGGUAUAUAGGGGGGUAUAGGGAAAGAAUUGAUGCGUGUAGGGGUUGGGGGGUACAAAGGGGGCUUUGAGAAAUGAACAGCUGUUUGUGGGAUUGGUUGGUGUACAGCGGGCCGGCCACCUGCCUCCUUCACCCCAAUCAUAUUUCACUCCCUCAUUCAAAUCCUUCUACUUUCUCUUUUCUGCCUCUCGAUCGUACCCGACAUGCAAACACUAAAACCAGUCUGUUGACAAAUUUCCAAUGCAUUCGCCAGAUCGCCCUUCCAGUCAGCCCUUCUUUUCCUCGGUGUUGUCCAAAGGAGAAACACAAGCUUGUGAUUGUAUCAUAACUGCUACAAUAUUAGAUCACGCUCCCCUUUCAUUGGUCUGAAUGGGCGGAGUGUGGAAACAAGCAAGUGGACGCUCAAUCACACAUAUCAGCCACAUCUACGGCUGUGGAGAGGGAGGGGUGUUGGGGAGGGCUGAUUAAAUAUACACACACACAAACACACACACACACGUGCCAUGUUACGACUUGUAGGGGAUAGUCAUGGUAUCAUUCUGCCUCUGGUAUAUCGCAGCUUUGGUCUUUUACAUAAUUGUUAAUGGUGACUGUAUGUAUGAUUAUAUACUGUAAUGUAUAUUCAGUGGCGUGUGCAUCUCACUAUUAUUCAAAGUUGCUCACAAAAGGAGAAUACGUUGUUUGAAAAUAUAAACUAUUGUCCUCA